AAGCAUUCGCGGCCAAAUCACAUAUUCGGGAAGACUCGACCGCUUCGCUUUUAGCCACCAUCCGAAAAACCGCGCGUGGGGAAAAACAACACACGACUGCGAACACGACGUUAUGUUUUUAAAAUAUCAGCUUCAUAAAAUCUAUCUAGUUGGUGGUAUUCUCAUUGCAAACAACGAGAGAAUUCAUAAUGGCACGGAGUCGGGUGCAUAAGCGCAAAAAAGCGCAAAAAGCGCAAAAGGCCAGCACGUUGGGGUCGGUUUGGGACCUCGUCUGUCUCUUUAAACGCCGCGCUGCAGAAGGAGGCGCGUCGCCGCGCGCUCUGUCCAUUUGGAGAAUUCAGUCGCACAGAGCGGAGCGAGGAGCUGCGCUCGAGCCAUCGCAGCCAUGGCAACUACAGACGCCGAAACCCGCCAGAGGCUGCUGCGGAGCGUGAAGAAAGAGGUCAAGCAAAUCAUGGAGGAAGCAGUCACACGGAAGUUUGUUCAUGAAGACAGCAGCCAUAUUGUCUCCUUCUGCGCUGCUGUGGAGGCCUGUGUGUUGCAUGGCUUGAAGCGCAGGGCGGCUGGGUUCCUGCGCAGUAACAAGGUGGCGGCUCUCUUCACCAAAGUGGGGAAGAGUUUCCCGCCAGCCGAGGCGCUGUGCCGCAAAGCCCAGGAGCUAGAGCAGCUCCUCGACAGCAAGAGGAGUCAGACUAUGUCUUGCGACAGCUCGCGUAAACUGCCCCGGCUCUCUGGCCCCUCCCCCCAGGCCGUGCGACAUCUGUGGAUCCGGACGGCUCUCAUAGAGAAAGUGCUCGACAAGAUCGUCCAGUACCUGGUUGAGAACAGCAGUAAGUUCUAUGAGAAGGACGCUGUGCUAAUGGAUCCGGUGGACGGUCCCAUCUUGGCCUCGCUGUUAGUGGGUCCGUGCGCGCUGGAGUACACCAAGAUGAAGACAGCGGAUCAUUUUUGGACAGAUCCGUCUGCCGACGAGCUGGUGCAGCGCCACCGGAUCCACAGCGCCCACUACAGGCAGGACUCACCCACCAAGAGGCCCGCGCUGUGUAUCCAGAAGAGACACUCCAGCAGCAGUAUGGAUGAGCGUCCAUCUCUGUCUCCCUCGGCGAGGGACUACGUGGAGUCUCUGCACCAGAACUCCAGAGCAACGUUGCUCUUUGGCAAAAACAAUGUCCUUGUACAACCGAAGGACGACAUGGAAGCCAUCCCAGGGUACCUCUCUCUGCACCAGACCGCCGAGGUCAUGACACUGAAGUGGACGCCCAAUCAGCUGAUGAACGGCUCCGUGGGGGACCUCGACUACGAGAGGAGUGUGUACUGGGAUUACGCCAUGACGAUAUACCUGGAGGAGAUUGUGUAUUUGCACUGUCAUCAGCAGGUGGACAGCGGUGGGACCGUGGUUCUGGUCAGUCAGGAUGGCAUCCAGAGGCCCCCGCUGCGGUUCCCGCGUGGUGGUCACCUCCUGCAGUUCCUAUCCUGCUUAGAGAAUGGCCUGCUGCCUCACGGUCAGCUGGACCCACCCCUGUGGUCUCAGAGGGGAAAGGGCAAAGUGUUUCCCAGGCUGAAGAGAAGGGUGGCACAGGGGUCCUCAGACUCCGCUUCCGACAAGGAGGAGGACGAGGCGGCCGACUACGUCUUCCGGAUAACGUUCCCCAACAGCCAGGCCGAGUUUGCCACCCCAGAGCUGAUGGAGCAGGGCCCAGACCUGUGGCAGCCACUCCCGGGGAAGCCCUCCUGCUCCCAGUGCAGCUUCUCCAGAGCACUCCCUACAGGCUGUCCCCAUGAGAGAGCUCCUCUCAAACUGCUCUGUGACAACAUGAAGAACCAGAUCAUCUCCCGCGCCUUCUACGGCUGGCUGGCGUACUGCCGUCACCUGUCCACUGUGCGCACCCACCUGUCCGCCCUGGUCAACCACACCAUCGUGGAGCCUGACGUCCCCUUGGACGCGUCCGGGGGCCUUACUGAGGAAGUGUGGUACAGACUACUGCAGAACUGCAGUGAGAGCGAUGAGCAUGAGCUGCUGCGGCUGGUGUAUUUCGGAGGCGUGGCCCCGUCUCUGCGCAAGCACGUCUGGCCCUUCCUGUUGGGCCACUACUGCUUUGGAAUGACAGAGGCAGAGAGGAAAGAGGUGGAUGAGCAGGUGCAUGCGCGCUACAAGCAGACGAUGAGCGAGUGGCAGGGUUGCCAGGCGCUCGUGCGCCAUCGGGAGAGGGAGCAGCACUCCGCCGCCCUGGCCAAGUGCUCGUCGGCAGGCAGCGGGGACAGUGGCGGGCGGAGGACACUGCACCGCGACUCCACCAUCAGCAAUGAGUCUUCUCAGAGCUGUAGCUCCGACCGGCAGAGAGACACUCGUCUGCAGAGUGACUCCAGCAGCAGCACACAGGUGUUCGAGUCCGUGGAGGAGGUGGAGCAGAUAGAGGCAGAGGCCAAGCACGCGGCGGAGGUCUGCAGCGGCGCCUCACCUGACUCGGGUCACCCCUCCUCCCGAAACUUCUCCGCGGCAUCAUGCCUCUCAGACUCGCUCGGCGCGGAGGACAGCGGGCUGGGCGGAGGGAGCGGCGGAGCGGCGGGGGCCGGCCGCGCGACGGACGGUGACGGAGCGGAGGAAGGGUUGGAGAGGGCCGAGGGGGGUGCAGCAGGGCAGAGGGGCUCGGACGAGGAAGGGGGGAGCGGACCGGCAGCCGGCUCGUCUGCGAGCGUCAUUCCGGAAAUGGAGGCGAAAGCGCAGGCACCCGCCGGAGCUGGUGGGAGCAACGGAGAGGGGCAGGGGAGAGGGGAUUCAAGGGGAGCUGAGCAGGAGGAGAGGGAGGAGAAGGAGGGCAUAUUAGCAGCCAGAAGAGGAAGAACACAGACAGGGCGUGUCGUUACUGACGAGACAAAGGGACGUACAGACCAGGAGCUGACGGGGGUAACAGGGGCUGACGCGUCACUGUCUUCAGAAGUGCAGGGAGCCCAGAAAAUAUCCAAAACAGAGACUCAGAGCGACCCGAGGCCAGAGGUGGAGAAAGCUGGAGGGGCGGGACAAGAGGCGGAGCCUGAGAGUCAAAGCCCCGCCUGGGCCAAAGGGAAGCCUAAGGAGGCAUGUGCGGGACGGCCGGAGGGGCGCGGGACGGCCGUACGGGAGACUGUGGUACCCGUCGUGUUCGAGGCCUCCUGCACACGCAAGAUGAGUGACGCGCGACCCGCCCCGCCCACCACCGACUCAGAUGAAUCGCCCUCAGCCAUCGAGAUGGAGGACAUCCCCAUGGCCUGGAGCCCGGCCCCCACGCUUGGCCCCCAGCACGGGGAGGCCUCCCGAGACCCUAGCCUGACGAAGGUGCCCGAGAUGGAGAGCCUCUACCCCGAGUUCGGCGCCCUGUCCAUGGCCGGAGAGAAGAGCGGCGCCAUAGCAACCACAUACUCGGCAGAGCUGUUGGACCUGUACACCCUCAACCUGCACCGCAUCGACAAGGACGUGCAGAGGUGUGACAGGAACUACUGGUACUUCACACCGGCCAACCUGGAAAAACUCCGCAACGUGAUGUGCAGCUAUGUCUGGCAUCACCUGGAGGUCGGCUAUGUGCAGGGUAUGUGCGACCUGCUGGCCCCUCUCCUGGUCAUACUGGACGACGAGCCGCUGGCGUUCAGCUGUUUUACCGAGCUGAUGAAGAGGAUGAACCAGAACUUUCCCCAUGGCGGCGUGAUGGACACGCACUUCGCCAACAUGAGGUCGCUCAUCCAGAUCCUGGACUCAGAACUCUUUGAGCUGAUGCACCAAAACGGAGACUACACCCAUUUCUACUUCUGCUAUCGCUGGUUUCUCCUGGACUUCAAACGAGAGCUGGUGUACGACGACGUGUUCGCUGUGUGGGAGACCAUCUGGGCGGCCAAGCACGCCUCCUCCAGCCACUUCGUGCUCUUCAUCGCCCUGGCGCUGGUUGAGAUCUACAGGGACAUCAUCUUGGAGAACAACAUGGACUUCACCGACAUCAUCAAAUUCUUCAAUGAGAUGGCAGAGCACCACGAUGUGAAGCAGCUGCUGGCACUGGCUCGAGACCUGGUGUGCAAGGUGCAGAGGCUCAUCGAAAACAAGUAGGCGGAGUCACAAGUCAAGUCCUGCCCUCCCCGCCAUCACCAUGCCAACGCUUCCCUUCGACCUUAGCAGGAUGCAGCCUGACGUUUGGUGUGCUAAAAGCUUACUGCAUGAAGCCAAGUGCCCGCUAACCUACCCUAAACUAGUCAGAGUCGUUACACUGUAAAAUCAGGCUAAACUGAGUUUAAAAUAGUACUUUUAGAUCACACAUGCUGCUAUUAUAUUUUUGAUUCAUAUUUUGGUAUGGAUUGAAGCCUAGUUUAAGAGACGGAGGUAAAUAUUACUUAGUUUGCUAAAGACUUCAACCAAGGUGCAAUUUGUUAUCAGGCUAGACUGUGACACCUCUAUUAGGGCCUGACUGCUGUGCGAUGUGAUCCACGUUCCCGGGUGAAGCCGUCAGCCAUGUGUUUAGCCGUAGCAGCCGGGGGCUUCGCCUUGUUUAGCCCGGCCUCUUCCACAGCCAUGCUUCUCUGACCCUAACCCUAGGUUUCGUUGUCUUCUGACGCCAUAUUCAUCGGUGAAUCUGGGCUAGCACGCAGCUACACCGGAGCAUCCUGUGGCAAAAGGAUUGCUUUGGCUUCAACUUUCGCUUGCUUUGUGUUACAGAAGUGUAUCAUUCUUUGCAACUCUGUUUUGGUAGUGUGGUCACCAAAUCAGUAUCUUUUGUUCACCAAGUCCAAGUUAUUGCCUUUUCAUUUAUUUAUUUGUUUGUGUACUACUCAAUAUUUCUCCAAAUUCCUUUUAUCGAAUACAACACAAAAGUUAUUCAGUUAGUUUUUCAAUGCUUUAGUAUCUUCCACUGCCGGAACAUGGCUUCCUCUGUGUGUGUGUGUGUGUGUGUGUGUGUGUGUGUGUUACUGCAGUCCUGACUUUACUGUGACUGUUAGAACCAAACAAAAAAAGCUUAUUUACAUAUAAUCAAAAUAUAUAUUUAUUAUACAUAGAGAUAAAUCUAUUAUGAACCGUGACAUUAGCGGUUAUGUUUUUCUGAAUGACAAUAAGAGGAAUAUAUUUAGCAGUGCUCUUAUUUUAUUUUUGCACAACUGAGUUGUUUCCUGUCUACAGUGUGGCCUUAACUGUGUUGCUUGGGUGGUUUCUUGUGGCCUAUGUUGUUCUCUGGUGCUGUCAAAGUCUCGUCUAGCUUUUCAGUCCAGAGGGCCACAGUUCCUCAGCCUUUCCAGGACUACAGGACCAGAAGUCCAAACAGGUUUCAGUCAGAUUUCUUCAAAUCACUGCAAAGGAAUGAACCUUUGGGCGUUAACUCCACCUAAUAAAUUCACCAAAAUCAAAUGACGCCUGAUGAAAUUUUUAUCUUUUAAAAACACUGAAUACAGGCAAUGGAUGGCUGAAGCACUGCUGGGUCGGAUCUCUGUGAAGGAGUUUAGUAAAGAUUUCUCUACAUGUUACACACUUAAAUAGAUCUGAAUUUAACUGAACUGAAUUGAUCUGAAUUCAAUACACAAGUCAAAAAUUUGUGUGUGUAUGAACACCCGAGCCUGGUGAAUAGCAGUGUGGAGAUGUUUUAUGCAUGUCCAAUGACUUUUCUUUUUAAACCACAGUGAUUACUGUAAUCAAUUAGAUGUGCAGCGCUUUAUCAAUGGUCUUAAGUUGUCUCGCAUUAGAUAUUGUUCCUUUAUUUGUAAAAGCAACCUGCACUGUAUUAAGAAAGAAUUAAUUAAUUGUAAAACUUUUAAUUAAUUUAUUUAUUUAUAUCUGGCUGUGUUCAUUUUGUCUGUUUUUGUAUGUUAAACUAAAACUUGUUAUAUCGUGGUUUAUUACUAUUAAAUGGUACACGUGCUGAAAAAAAAUGGAAUUA